CACUCAUUAACUAUGAAUUUCACCGGAAGCUCACUGAAAGGAAAUGGAGCCUAAGUCAUUAUUUCAGAUGAUAAGAAUCGGAUUCAAAAGCAAGUUUGUGUUUGAGAGAGACUGAGAGAGAGAGAGAGAGAGAGAGAUCAGAGUCAGAGGCUAAUUUUAGGAACCUGACCAUUUGGCUUCUGACUUUAAAUUAAAAUUCGAAUUCAAAUUUGUCUAGAUGAACAGACAGCUCAGCGCUAUGUCAGAGAGAGAGAGAAAGAGAAAGAGAAAGAAAGGAGCCAUCAGUCUUGCUAACAGCUUUUUCACACGUCUGUAGUAAAAUGUGCCCACACAUGUGAAAGAGAGAGAGAGAGAGAGAGAGAGAGAGAGAGCAACGGGGAAGUCAGUUGCAGAAGUUCUCGGUGGAUACGAGGCUGAUGAUCUACGAAGGGAUGAAAUAACAGAGUGUUCAGAGUGUUCAGAUCUCUAAGUAAAUUGUACGCAUUUGUACUCAAAAUGGAGGACGGAGCGACUCCACCUAACAUGAUGGACGAAUGGGAUGCCAGGAAUGCUGAGACACACCCCAGGCCACUGCGCACCCAAUCGGACAGAAGCAGAGUGGCCCAGCGGACCAAUGGUCAUUGCAUGCUGGCAGUCUCCAGCUCCUCCAUGCUCAGGCCUUUGUUUGAUCUGUCAGAAUGCAGAGCCCUGCUGGAGAAGAACGGCCUACAGGUCCCGGCUGAAGAUUUUGAGACGCCGCUCCAGGCGGCGCUGGACACGGCCUCCGUCCGAAGAUACCUCUUCUUCAAUUCCGCCAUCUUCCAUUUCUUCCUGGCGCCGCUGCUGUACACGGUGGUAUGGUGUGGGCUGUACUCCACUCUGCAUUUGUACCUCAGUCUCACCUCCAUUUGGGUCCUGUGCCUGUCGGUCAGCCUCGGGUCCUUCCUCCUCACCUGCGCCAUCAUCCUCCUCCUCAAUCACAGCAACAGGCAGAUCGACAUCAACACGGACGUGCGGCUGAUCCGGGCGAACGAGCGGCUGAGCCCACACAACCUGCUGGUGGGCGUGGCCGACUGGGUGCAUCAGUGCGCCGGGACUCUACAGCUGUUUUGUGUCUACUGGGACCUGUCCCAUUGCCUGAGAUCACUGACUGACACCCUGGAAGAGAUGAGCUUCGCCAGGGACGAAACACAGUCCAAGCUCCGAAAAAACAUGUCCUACCUCACCCUGGUGGUGGAGGCCAGCACUUUCGACCCGGAGGCGGGGUCAGUGGGCGAAGAGGGCUCCGAGGAGGAGAGACCCCUGCUGGUGGAGCGCGGGAGCACAGGGCGCAGUACUCCAGCCGGCCACAGGGAGGAGACAAAGCUCACCAAGAACUACAGCCUAGUGCCAAGCCAUUACCUGUCUGCUCAGGCCACAGCACACCAGCUUUUACUGACCUACAGCGCCACCUACGUGAGGCUCCUGGUAUCUGAGAAGCUCCCCCGUGAACCACAGCGCCCCCUACACUCCGGGAUGGCUCACUGCACCAUCGGUCCCAUCUGUCUCUGUCAGUAUGUCCAGAGAACUGUCCUGAGAUAGAACAACGGGGGGGGGGGGGGGUUACAUAAAGGAGAAUGUGGAGGACUUCUGGAACAUUCUGGGGCGAUGCAACAUUCCAGAGGCUUUCAGGCGGAGAAAUAGGAGGUUGUAGGCAGUUGUUUUAGUUCAAAGUUCAUAACUUUGUUUAUUUUAAAUUAUUAUUAUUAUUGCUGUUGCAGAUGUCGUUGUUGAUGUUAUUCAUUAAAUAAUUUGAGUGAUGGUUAUUCUGGUCAUA